AUGAAUGAAUCACCUCUUACUCCAGAAAGAGCAAACUCUAGAGACGAGUCGAAUAUACCGUCUCCCAGUCAAACUCAUUUGAAUUCACCAAAAUACAAACCAAGACAAAGUUUAAAGUUGAAUCCAGAUGACUUAGAGGAUAUCAAUAAGCGCAGGAGUCUGACGCCGAGUAAUGAGAAUAGGGCUUCAACUCAUAUGACUUUUUUUUAUAAGGAAAAUGUGAAAGAAUUGAAGAAGUUGGAAGACCAGUUGUUUGAGAAGAAGAUGAAAUUAGAUACCAGCCGAACUGAGGUAAACUCACUGAAAAACAAGGUAGAGACUGUCACGUUCAAGCUAAAUAAUUUGAGAGAGGCCAAAACGUUAAAGGUACGACAGAUCGAACUGAAAACGAAUGAAUUGUCAAGCCUAGAGCAGGAUCAUAAAUUGAAAACGGAGUUCAUGAAAAGCGGGUUUGAGCUUGAGCUAAAGAAAGCCGAAGGAAAGUAUCAAAAUGAGUUGAACGAGUUAGAAUCUAAAUUCAAAUCAGAAAUUCAGCAAGUAGAAUAUGAAAAGGCUCAAAAAUAUAAAGAAGAAAAAGAACACUUACAGGAUCACAUAAACUCUAUAAAUGAGGAGAUUUCGAACAAUGACAGUAUCGUGCGUCAAGGCAAGAAGGAUCUUGAUAUGAAAUAUGCCAAACUAAAAGAAAAUUGGAUGAUCGGUUUCCAAGAAGAAUGGAAAAAUAUCACAGAUUCCAAUCAAUCUCUCAUUGAAAAAAUCACUAAACUGAACCAGGAAUUGGACGAAAAUAUCAACACUAACAUUGAACAAUCAAACGCCAGGUGUGAUGUUUUGAAAAAGGAGCUUGAAGAAUUGGAAGAAAAAAUAUCGGAAAAAGAGACGUAUUCUAAAUCCAUUGCCGUCCAGAUAGAUACUGUAGAAGAGGAAACCAAGCAAAUAAUUCAACAAAGAGAUGAGCUCAACAAGUAUAUUGUAGAUUCAAAGAAGGAACUACUACAAAUAAAUGAUAUAUUAAUUAAAGAGGAGACUAUACGCCGCAAAUUGCAUAAUGAGAUUCAAGAACUUCGAGGAAACAUUAGGGUUUACUGUAGAAUCCGUCCUCCUUUAGAAAGAGAACCACAAGAUAUAUCCCAUAUUCAUGUGGCUAGUUUUGAUAAUCGUACCGGAUCGCAGGCAAUCCAAAUAAAUAAAGAAGGCAGAAUUAACAAAUUUCUCUUCGACAAAGUUUUUGAUACAAAGUCAUCAAAUUCUGAUGUGUUUCGCGAGGUUGGGCAGCUAAUACAAAGCUCCUUAGAUGGCUACAACGUAUGCAUUUUCGCUUAUGGCCAGACUGGUUCCGGAAAAACGUUUACUAUGAUGAACAAUAAAGAUGGUGUAAUACCGAUGACACUUGACCAUAUUUUUGAUUGGACUCAAUUAUUGAAGGAAAGAGGAUGGGAAUACUCAUUUGAAGCUCAAUUUAUCGAGAUUUACAAUGAACAGAUCGUAGAUCUUUUGAGAACUUUAAAUCCCGAGCCCGGUCCGCUAAAAUAUGAAAUAAGACAUGACACAGAUGCCCAACGAACUUCUAUUACUAAUAUCACAUCGAUUAAAUUAGAGACUCGGGAAAAAGUAGAUAUAGUUUUGAAGACCGCAAACAGAAUGAAAUCCACAGCAGCAACAAGUUCGAAUGAAAGAUCAUCGAGAUCACAUAGCGUUUUCACAAUUAGAAUUCAAGGUAAUAACACUGUGACAGGAGAAAGGAGUGAUGGUGUUUUGAAUCUAGUAGAUCUAGCUGGUUCGGAAAGAAUAGAAACAUCACACGUGACUGGAGAGAGAUUAAGAGAAACUCAGAAUAUUAACAGAUCUUUAAGUUGUUUAGGAGAUGUCAUAUACGCUUUAAAUGGUGAAGACAUAAAGCAUAUUCCUUUCAGAAAUUCAAAAUUGACUUACCUCCUUCAAUACUCUUUGGUAGGAGAUUCCAAAACUUUAAUGUUUGUGAAUGUUUCACCUAGUCUCACUCAUAUCAAAGAAACUCUCAACUCUCUGAGAUUCGCUUCGAAGGUAAACAACACGAAAAUUAAUUAG